CUCAAUUUCGAUAAUGAUCUGUAUAUUAUCCCGCUUAUCUCAUGGCUACUUGCCAAAACGAAAAAAUAACUUCAAACAGUGUGUCUUUUUACAAUUUAUUUGUUACGAGCAGGGGCGAUUCUAGGGUCAGAGACGGUAGUCUGCCCUCCUUGAACUAAACUUGCUUGAAACAAGCAUUGCGUUGCAAAGUCCAACAGCCUGCCUCCUCUCUCGUCCAAACUCUAACAUGGGCUUCGAAAAGCUUUCGAUUGCCGCAAUAGCGCAGAAUAAAAAGCUGUAUCUUGUGGUCGGAGGAGCGGGUGCUGCGGUGGUCUGCUUGAGUCUGGCGUGGAGAAGUUUAAGGAGUAGAGAAAAGGUCCGAGUUGGAGUUGUAUCGCAACUUUUAGUUCACCCUCUGAAGUCCGGGAAAGGCAUCUCAGUGGCUUUUGCAGAAUGCCACCACAUCGGAUUAAAACAUGGAGAACUUAUGGAUCGGCACUGGCUGGUGGUCAAGGAGGACGGUCACAUGGUGGCAGGGAAGCAGCAGCCGCGGCAAGUGCUGGUGGCCCUGACCAGCGACGGCGGGAGGCUAUGUCUGAAUGGUCCUGGCAUGGAAGAGCUUCAGAUGCCCCUUCAGCAGCCCCACAACCCCAUCAUGGAUUGCAGGGUGUUCGGUACGGACAUCCAGGGGAGGGACUGUGGCGACGAGGCAGCCCGCUGGAUCACCCGCUUUCUGGGGGGGGAGAUAGGCUACCGUCUGGUGCACUUUGAGCCCCACAUGGAGCCCCGCAAGUCUGCCGACCAGGAGAAGCUGUUCUCCCAGGACGAGGUGGCAUAUCCAAACGUUGGGCCUGUGAUGCUGCUGUCAGAGGCGUCAGUUGGAGACCUCAAUGGCAAACUGCAGAAGGACGUUACGGUGGAGAGAUUCCGUCCCAACAUCGUCGUCAGUGACUGCAAUGCUUUUGAGGAGGAUUCUUGGACGGAGCUGCUGAUUGGCGAUGUUAGACUCCAUCGUGUAAUGGCAUGUGGAAGGUGCAGUUUCAUCACCGUUGACCCAGAAACUGGUAUUAUAAGCAGGAAAGAGCCCCUGGAAACACUAAAGGGAUAUCGACAGUGCCAACCGUCUGAGGCAGAAAUCUACAAAAAAUCACCGUUGUUUGGACAAUUUUUCACCGUCAAAAAGACGGGAAUCAUACAGGUUGGGGAUGUAGUAUAUCGGAUUGGUCGCUAGGAAGUGGAAAAAUGGUUGUUUGCUGUUGGUGAUCACUGUCAUUUAGAACUCUUUAGCAGCAUAACAAAGGCCAGUUCCUUGAUGUACAUUUCCGAUUAUGAAACAUUGAUUGCAAAAAGUGAGAUUAUAUCCCUAGGCAAAUUUUGCAGUCCUCACAAUAAUAUAUAGUUAUAUAAUUCCAGUCCUCCACCCACACACGUACUUCAUAAUCAAUGUGUGUGUAAAGUACAUGUAAUACACUACAGAGGACUACGGGGCUCACUUUUCUGUACACUAGUGCAGUGACGGACUGGACGGUCUGGCAUUCGGGCAGAUGCCAAAGGGGCCACGGCCUCUUGUGGGCCGUUUGGGCCGGGCGGCCGGCCAAUCACGGGGCGGCAUGCUUGUCGGGUUAGGGCACACUAUCAAGCAUCUAUAGUGUUAAAAUCUUCAAAUUAGCCUUUGUCUCUAAAUCCCUAUUCAUGCUAUAUAAUAGGAAAUGAAUUAGUAUUUAUACCAGAUAUGAGUUUCUAUAUACUACAGUCAUGGUUGCCCUUAAUAUUUACAUCGGUCUACAUUAUUUUGUAGCCUUAUUCAAUCAGAUGUUUAAAAAGUGCAUUGUUUGAAAUUGAAAUACAACAAAUCUGCCUGUAUUUUUUAUGUAUUAUUGGUUUACAAAAGUUUUAUGAAGCAAUGACUUCUGGGAAUUUCAAAAAAGAAUCAGACCGCGUCUGCGUAUAGGGGGUUGUUGGAAGUUGAAAGUUGGAAGAUACCAGAGUCUGCUGAGGUUACUAUGAGUAUGAACUAUGAAUCAAGGAAUUAAGCGACAGAAGGGAGGAGCGGAGAAAAAGAGAGCGAAAUGCAGGAAAUGACUGUUGGCUGACAAGUGCAGCUUCAGCUAGUAGCACCAGCGCUAGCACUAAUGUUCAAGACACUGAGCAAACAGACCAGGGGCAGGGAGUAAAACAGGAGGACAGUGAGGACAGUCAGUCUUUAUGCAUAUUAAAGUUAGAGAGUUCAUCACCAAUGGGGCUACAAAAGUGUGUGUUAUUUCCGUGCAUGUGAAGUUAUAUCUGUGUGUUGCGGGCAUACGCGUGCGUGCGCGUCCCCGUGUGGGCCGCUGGUGGGUGAAAAUGCCAGGGCCGUUUUUUAAUCCCAGUCCGUCACUGCACUAGUGUGCUAGUAUUUGCUGUAUUGUACUGUUGUUCAUAAACUAAUUGGGAUUAAUUGGGAUUGUUUUAUAAACUAAGAUUAUUAGGCAGUUUUACAUCUAUAUGUAUACUAGUGUGUAUAGUACAAGCAUGCAUUUUUGCAAGAAUCAAAUAGCCCACAAUUCAUUUUUUGAUGUUAAUAAAUUACAAACAAAUGAACUUCAUUU